UGCCAACGGUCGUGUGCGGCUUUUUGUAGUUGUACCUUCCCACAUUCUUAGUGGCGAUUUAAAGGUUGCUUUUCUGAGUUCAUAAUAACUGAGAAUCAAAUCCCGUCUAUUCCCAUCAACAGAAAAUUCCACUUGCUAAAGCCCAUUUACCAUAAUCUUUGACUUUUCUAAUGAAAUUUUGCAAUUCUAUGGCUUGUGUUACGGAGGUUAGACUGAAUAAUUGUGCCUCUGUCCUUAAAAUGUAUGAAAUACAUGGUCGAUGAGUUGUGUGAACCAUGGGCCUGAUUCUGCACCCAUUCCAUGAAUAUUUUCAUUGAACUCAGUGAAACUACUCAUCUGAGUAUAGAACUGCAGGAUUGGGUACCAUGAUAUGGGACCCAACAGAUAUGUCCAGCAGUAUUGUUGUUAAUAUAUAAAAUGCCAAAUGUAAUUUAUUACAGAUCUUCAAAGGUACAUACAAGCAUUACUCUACCAGGGCUUAGUGGGAGAAACUUGUAUUCAUAUAUUAUUAGUCAGGAAAAUGCGCAGAAACUUUAGACAGUACUGGUUAUUGCAAGAAAAAUCCUUUCAAAAGAAACAAAUGAAUUUUGAGUCUAAACCUAUUUUUCAAAUGUAGCUCCUGUUCAACAGUUACUGAAAACUAGAGAUGGACUCAAGAGACAGAAUUCAAAUUCAUAAUUGGAUUAGAAUCUGUUUGGGGUAUUCAGGCUUAUUUGGAUUCAGUGUACCUUAAUAGAGCCCAAGCCAUGAAUUUCCAGAUUAGUUCUAUGUUCAGAUCUAAAUUUCCCCAAAGUCUGGAGAGAAGAUGGGGUUUGGAACUGUUUUUAUAGUUUGGCCCCAUAUAUAUGAAACACUGUCGGUUCCCAAGGACUCUUUAUUCAUUCUAGGACUAUUGGAGUUUUAUUUUGUGUGUAUCUAUCUAUAAAAUAUUAAAUCACUAGUCCUGGAAUGAAUGAAUUGGUGGUGUUUUGGUACAGCCUCUUCAAAUGAAAACUUCCCCAUUUGAAGUUGUGCUGUCCUUUCCUGAACUCCAUCUCCCAGAAGUACAUUUUGAACUACAUCUCCCAGAAACCUUUGCAACAGGGCUUCCCACACUGUAGUUCCUUUUGGACUCUGGCAUUGACAGGGAUUGCAAGUCUCAAGAAGAGCCAAAGCUUCUGACAAUUCCUGUGUCACACAGCUGGUAUCUUGCAUUAAGCUGAAUUCCUCCUCCAACUCUCGAUGGCAGUGAGUGUAAAGGUCUUGCCUUCUCCAAAGUGUUUGUUUGAUGAUCCCAUUCAGAUUAAAGUGGAGGGUCUCUCACCGCUGCAGGAGGUCACUCUGAGGGCAUCCCUGACUGAUGAGAGUGGGGAACUUUUCCAGUCCUUUGCCUACUACAGGGCUGAGAGCAAUGGAGAACUGGACCUGACAUGCUCCUCAGCCCUGGGUGGCAGUUACUCUGGGGUAGAACCCAUGGGACUGCUGUGGUCACUGGAAUCCAAGACACCCUUCAAACGGCUGGCAAAGAAGAAUGUCCUCACCCCUUUCUAUGUACAUGUGGAAGUGUUUGAGGGCCACAAUAUCACCAGCCAGCUCCUGGGCAAAUGCAUUAAUGAGCGGAAAUUUUUGGGAGAGGGGGUGGAAAGGAUUCCAGUCAGAGAAGGUCGGCUCAAGGCAACUCUCUUCCUGCCUCCUGGAUCUGGUUCAUUCCCAGGACUUAUCGACUUGUAUGGAUCUGGAGGAGGUCUUGUUGAGUACAGAGCAAGUCUUUUGGCUAGCAGGGGCUUUGUUACAUUAGCUCUCGCUUAUGCAGCCUUUGAAGAUAUCCCAGCUUUCCCAGAGAUCCUCGAACUGGACUAUUUUGGGGAGGCUGUGGAGUUUUUGCGGAAGCAACAACAGGUGAAAGGUACCGGGAUCGGAGUCUUGGGCUUAUCUAAAGGGGCAGAUCUAGCCCUUUCUCUGGCCACAUUUCUGCCAGGCAUCCAAGCAGCUGUCAGCAUUUCUGGAUGUGGUGUUAAUUCCUUUAUCCCCCUGCGUGUUAAUGGUUUCACUAUUCCUCCCCAUCCGUAUGACUUGGGGAGGAUGAAGGCUGUCGGUGAUUCUGGAAUAAUAGAUUUUUCAGAAGUCCUGGAUGAUCCUAGGGACCCAGCCACUUGGGCCUGCCGCAUUCCAGUAGAGAAAUCCCCCGCCAAGCUCCUCUUUUUAUCAGCGCAGGAUGACAGAAACUGGAAAAGUGAGCUCUACUGCCGAGAAGUUGUUCACUGCCUUCGGCAGUGCGGGCGAGAUGUGGAGUUUUACUGCUAUCCUGGGGCAGGACACCUCCUGGAGCCACCGUAUUUGCCUUUGUGUCAGGCCUCAAUUCAUAAGCUGACUGGGGGAUACAUGCUGUGGGGAGGGCAGUGGAGAGAGCACGCCCGGGCACAGGAUGACGCAUGGCACAGGAUACAGGUCUUCUUUCAGCAACACUUGCUGGCCUCUGAUGCCAUCAAGAGUAAUCUAUAGGGGUGAGAUUACCAUGGUGCCUGAUGGAGUUAGGUAGCCAACUCCGGUUGAGAGUCUCUAGGAAUUGGUCCUGGCACUGGUAGGUAUUUUGAAAAUAGUAUGCCUUGGAACUUAAUCUUCACCCUAUUACUCUUCAGUCUUCAUCUUCUAGUCUCUUUUCCAACUGUGUGCCUGCUUUCCUGUUUAUCUUUCCUACUGCUCUGCUGAUUUUAUACUCAUUUGGCAUUGAAUUUUAGGGUCCUCUAGACUCGGGUAUAUUGUUUAUAGGCACAGUGUGAUUUGUCCUUAUACUGCUGCAGUACCAGAGGCCAGUCCUGUUAUUGAACAGAAGUGGUCUAUCAUGCCAAAUUGGUUUUGUGGUGUGGUAUGUUGGCCACUUAUCUCCUAGCUCAGUUCUUUUGUGACAUAGGAUCUGGAUCCACAGGGGUGCUUAGCACCCAUAACUCACAUCCCAGGAUGAGACCCUUAAUGGAGUCUAGACAUGAAUACAGGUUUGAAGUGAAACAUUAGUGCCUUCACCCACCUCUCCUCAGGACUGGGACAAUUCACCGACUCUUGGUGUAUCACUAUCUCCCAUUCCAUGAAAAUAAAAAUCCCACUGUUCUGGUGUCAGACAGCACCCCAUCAUCAAUGAAUGGGCAGCCACCUCUGCGGAGCAAUUAUACUCUUUUCUCUGCCUCAGAGGUAAUCAGACCAAAAGAAAUGAAGUUUGCAGAGGUUACACUGUGUUUAUCAACUUCUGCUUUUGGUAUGAUUCAUUCGAGGCAGAAGUGUCUAAUGUAUUAAUCAGUAAAUGCAUGGCAAAAGUAUGUAAAAUUGAGUAUGUAAAAUAGAAUGACUUUAAUGUAUAGAAGGAAACAUUUCAAUAUACUCGUUAAUGUUCAGACAAGAAGUUACCCAAAAGUUUGGUUUAAACACAGCACUGGAUUGGUUAAAGUUAAAGGUAAAACAAGUUUAUUAACAAAAGAAGAUAGGAUUUUAAGUGAAUUCAGGUAUGAGAUAAAAGUUAGAAAUGGUUACAAGCAAAUGAAAGUGAAAACACACAUCUACAAGUCAAAUUUAAUCUAGCAAGUUUUGGUUCACGCUUUCUUUAAGUUGGCCUUUCUCACCCACAGUCUUCCAGCAAGAUGAUGACUUAUCCUUUCCUUGGUCAGGAUCUCUCCCAGAGGUUCAAAGGUGCUGGUCCCUUUGUCGUCUUAGGUGAAAGAGAGAACUUGGGGUUCUCUGCCCCCUUUUUUUUAUAGUCCAGUGAGCCUCUGAAGUGGAUUCUUCUGAGGGUUACCCUUCAAAGUAAAGUUUAUUCAAGGCUCAAGCAGUAAAGAAGGUGACAUGGAGUCUGCUGGUGAAGGAGGGCUCCAUGUUCUCUCUCCUUGCCUAUGUUUGCUGAAAUGCAAAUUUGCUUUGUCUCCUGCUAUAUCUUCCUCCUGCUAUCUUGUGGAUCCUGUUUACUAUUUUCAGGUAAAUUGAGGUACACGCACAUUCCUUUGUUUAGGAUAGACCUGUUUAACAACUUUUGCCUAGGCAGGGCUGUGUGGUUUUGAACAUGUGCUAUCAUCAUCAUACAGGGGGAUUUCAUACCUUUACAUAUAAUGUUGCUACAUACAUUUCACCGUGAAGUUAUUGGCCAUUGAAUUAUUAAUUUUCAAAUGAUAAUUCACAAGGCAUAUUUUGUACAAAGAUGGUUACAAUAGUGUAUUGGGUGAUUAGUAUCACAGGGGAUACCCCUCCUUUCCAAGUAGGUGGAGAGUUUUGUGUUCCCAGCUCACCUACACCUUCUUGCUUCUUCAGUACAGUGCCACUGUUGGGCUCUAUGUUACUAUCUGCCCAACCCAGUUUUUCCUCAUGUCAGUCUUCCCCCAUGCAGGUAUGUGUGUCCAGAAUCUGUUGGUUCCUAGCAUUCAGUGAGAUGGUGGGAGCUAGCAGUUCACUGUAAGAGGGCCAAUUGGAGGAGAGGGUGUAGUUCCCAUCAUGGGAAGGCAGGCUCCAUUGGUCCUCAGAAGGGUAAGGACCACAGUUUAAAAGUAGCUUCAACUUAAGGUUGCUUUAGUUUUUUGGCUUCCCAAAUUUAAACAGGUAGACCUUGAUUUUCAGAGAUGCUAAGAACCUGCAGUUCCUGCUGACUUCAGCUGGAGUCACAGGCACUCAGCACCUCUGAAAGUCAGAUCCUGAAAAGCACCCCAAAUUGGACAGUACUUUUGACACUUUGCACCAAAGGUCACACAGCAAGUCAGAAACGAAACCCAGUUACCCAGCCUUUCACCUUCCUGCUUUAACCACUCGAACAUCCUUCCUCCCUGAUGCAAAGAGAGGAGGAGGGCAAAGGGACAAAAGAAGUACAAGGCAUUAAAGUGUUUGAUUUUGACUUACUAUAGGGAUUAGUAAAAGGAGAAAAGAAAAACCUGUUUGGCAUCCUUCGCAAUUUGGCUCAGGCUCUGGGUCACUCUGAGCUUUACUGGACACGUGGUUUGCUUUUGUUCUCGCUGAGUACAGUGAGACAUAUAGUACAGUGUGUGCCUUGUCCACAGACAUGAGAGGAAACAAGCCUAGUUUAAUGCUUCCCUGGUGAAGAUGGAGAUUAACUUUUUCAGCUUUUACUUUUUUGGGAAUUGAAAUUAAAAAGAAAAGUGGGAGAAUGAACUCUCCUUUUGGCAGACAAGUUAUAAUCUUAGUUUAGACGUAAAUCUUUGGAAGCUAUUAGGUACAAGCUGGUAAUUGUAUGUGCUGUUAACUUCACCUUGAAGCAAAAAUCUUUUAGUUGAAUAAGUGAACAGCAUGAUCAGUUGUACUUUCCUGUAUGUUCCAUUAUGUUGCUGCAUUUGGCAUCCGCAGUAAUGUAACAACAUUUAAACAAAAGAUGGGGGGCAGGGGAGAUGGUUGCCCUACUGAUGCAGUAGCUCAAAUGAUUUCUUUGUUUUAGCUGUGGGAUCAGAGGGCCCUUAUUGGCCUGUUAGAUGCCUAUUAUUGCUAAGCUGUCUGAUAGCCAUCAAUGAAAUUUAAAUUGCCAAGUUAGCUGACCAGCUCACUGUUAUGGGCAAACAAAUAAGGUAAGAGGCCACUCUAGCCAGUCACAUUGGAUUUUUUUUUUUUAAAUCCAGUUUUUUGCAAUUAACCCCCAUUUUGAAAUUUGCGUUCAGGAAGUAGAAAUCUGAAAUUCUGGAGGGUCCAACUCUAAACAAUUAAAUGAAACAUCAUUUCAGCAAAGCACUUAAGUCUCAUGGUGUAUGUGCUUAAAUGUUUUGCUGAACUGGCACCAAAGCUCCUAAAUAUGCAUGGUUUUCUGCUGGAAUAGAUAAGGCAUUUAGAGGUAGUCCAGGCAAAUAGGGCAAGAUUCUGUUCCUCUUGAAGUCAAUGGCAAAACUCCCAUUGAUUUCAGUGGCGUUGGAUCAGGACUUGAUUUCAGGCUCCAGCAGUGGGACAGGAUAAGAACUGUUACUCAAGAACACCUAGAAAGUUGUUAUAUACCUAACGAUAAUCAACCUCAAUUUCACAAGAGAGUCCAUGCUGAGCAAAGCUGAUGCAGGGAAUAAAACAUUGAUGGUGGAAGCUAUUCUCAUAAUUUGUUUAUAAUUUGAGAGAGUUAGCUAAAAUGUGACCUGAAAGAUUAGCCUAUGGUAGACUGAACUAAAAGAUCUUUGCUUGACACUUGCAUUAAUCAUCCUUUUGUGUAGAAAUUUGAGGUACAUCUCUAUUAAGUGAAUGAAAAAGCUUUGUGACAAAGUCUCUUAAAGAACCUGAAAAAAGCUCUAUAGAUUUAAGCUAUUCUGAAGUAAUUUGCUAUAAAGAAAUAAUCCAUCUCGUUCUCGCAAUGCUGGUUUUGAGCAGAAUAAUUUCAAUAGCUGAACUGGAGUCAAGUGACAAGAGUUCAUAAGUUUGUCAGCGUCUGAAGGACAUAAAUUCACAUCGUGUAGAGGUCAAGCAUAGGAGUUUAUUACAUACGGCGCUGACAGGGUGUCACCACACUUAUUAGGCUCAGACACACUGUCAAUUAAUUGAUUACAAUGGAAUAUAUGGAUUUUCCAUGGGCAGAGAAAAUGAUGGGGUAGGCAGUUGCACACCCACGGAUAGGUCUAGCUGCAAGACAUGAUAGCACAGUAGCCAAUGGUCAAAAGGUUACAUAAUGUCUCUGCCCAUGGUCUUAAUGUUAACAAAUUAACAUUUAAUAUUUAAUUAGUACUUUAAUAAAUGUAUGUUGAAUUCAAUUUGGGGUCCAUAGAAAUGAAGUAGCUCCUUUGAUUGUUCAACAGAUACGUAUCUAUGGGUAAAAGCAAAGAAACAGUGAAAGUAUAUGUCAAUAAAGAUUGUCUUUCAAGUUGCUUAUUUGUGUUUUAAGGCAGGCAUUGGUUCCUGGGAAAAGGAGAUGGGAGGAGGCCAUAUCUUAUACUGACAUGUUCCAACCUUUCAUAAACUCAAGGUCGGAUGUGUGGGAAGAACAUCUCCCUACAGAAUAAACUAACACAACAGAAACAGGGCUUCUUUGUUCUAUUUGCAACUUUUGAAUAAGACACAAUUAUUGCCCCAACAUCUGGCGUUUUGCUGACCAGACAUAUCUUAACAAAAACAAGGUUAUCUUUGGUUAUUUUGCUUUCUCUUAGCUAAUCGCUAUUUGCUAGGCCUCUGACCUCUUGACCAAACUCUGGUCUUUGGGCCUGUACACAAAUCCAUAUACCAGGUUAUUACAUCAGCAAUGGAUUUUAACCCUUCAGUGUCUAAUUAAAACCUUUCUGCACUUAUCCAGUCCCCGAAUUUCAAAGAGGAGAACAAAAAGCUGUAAGGAAAUCCGAUCUCUUCCAAGGAACUUAGUCUGGUAAUAAAGGUCCUUUGUGGAUGAGUGCUUCAGUGGAA